AUGGCCAAGAACUGGGAUACUUAUAGCAGACAGGGCAUCGAUCUCGCUCAUUCUGCCUCUUCCUUUGGAUUUUCUGCUGCCAAGGCUGGAACUCGGUUAGGAUUUUCUAUAGCUCGAGGUCUUGCCGCAGCAACUGUCGGCCUGACCUCGACAGUUCUCGACAUAGCACUGUUUGGAGGAAGUACCGUAACUCGACCAGUAUUUGGAUACGCCGUUUCCACCGCUCUGACUAUCGCAGAGCAAAUUACCCUCGCACCCAUCCAUCUAAGCGAAUACAUCACAUCCACGUCUUUGUUGGCGGCACAUAGCUCCAUCAAUGUACUAGCCGUAAUUUUUCCAGGAAGUAGCGACGCAUCCUUUUCAUUGGCUUCUUUCAUCGACCUUGUACGUCGGGAGUGGACGGUGCAGAAUGCUGAUGGGACUGUGCCCGGAAACCAGUAUGGACUUACACAAGUUGCGCGGGCAAUCGUCGGCUGGGUCUCUCUCCAAGGUGUUACCCAAGAAUGGCAAGAGAAGCGCUGGUUUAAGUACUUGAGAGAAAUGGAUGUAAAGAUUGCCCCGAAAACACAUAGGACCCUGACACAUAGAUCAUCUCGUAUUCGAGUCACUUCCGAUGUUAUCUUCCCUGGCCAACAAGGCCCACAGAUCAUUGCGGCCGAUAUUGGGGAACCUGAGCCACGGUCGCGUGCGCAAUCUGCCUUUUUGUCGAGGACCAAGUCCAAUAUAUCUUUAAAUCGUCAUCGACCCUCGCGUGCGGGCAUGCCGGUCGACAUAUCGCCUUUGGCGCCGAGCAAUGAAGACCUCAAAGCCACAAUGAGGCGCCUUUCCAAGAUGGUUCUAGCUGGGUACGGUGGUGCUAGCUUACUGUUCUUUGGUGUUUCUACCAGUUAUUUCGGGGGUAGCAAUGAAACCAAACGUUCUACUUCGCCACCGUCAACAUCGUUAUCAGCUUCAAUGGCGCGAGAAAAGAAGCUGGAGGAAACGCAACUGGCAAACGCCGUGGAUGCAGCUGAGGCUGAAGCUGCGGGUGAUGGGGAUGUUCCCGAGGCGUUGGGGAGUGCGCAAAUCUUUUUGCAAUAUUCGUGGUGGGAUGUUUUGCUCGGCAAGCACGAUCAAGAAAUUUUUGAACAGUCAACGUCUCAUUCACAUACGGCCAAGGACAAGGAGGCUGCGCACAUGAGGUCGAAGAAGAACACAAUGAAGGCCACAGCAGUCUUCGGCAAAGAGCACUUAAUGCCUCGGUUUUGGGUUUUAACGGAUCAUGGCCGCGGACAAGUUGUUCUUGUCAUCAGAGGAACCAUGUCGCUAAACGAGAUUGCUGUUGAUCUGACUUGCGAACCCGAUGUUUUCCAGCCCGCGACUACGCCGUCGUCUUCGGACAUCGACGAAAAUCCCGUGCCUGGUCAAUUUGUGUUCCCAGAAAUCUCGGAGAAAGAGGAAAGCUCUUCCGACCACAAGUAUCAUGUUCAUGGCGGCAUGUUGAGGUUGGCUAAAGCCAUGGGCGACGUCGGCAAACCCGUCCAUCAAGCUGUGUUACAGGCUCUCUAUAACAACCCGGAAUAUGAUCUCGUGCUCUGUGGUCAUAGCUUAGGUGCAGGCGUUGCCGCUAUCUUAGGAAUGAUCUGGGCCGAUCCAAAGACCUGCUUGACUGUUCGAUCAAGUGGUCUUCCCAUUGGAAGACGGGUCUCCGUGUAUGCUUUCGCACCACCUGCACUAACGGAUGCCGCUCUUUCGCGAUUAUCCGACAAGCUUAUUGUAUCUCUUGUCUAUUCCCAUGAUAUCGUUUCGCGUCUUUCUUUGGGUUCCGUCCGGGACCUAAAAAAUGCGGCGAUGUGGUUAUGUGAAGCUGAGUCUGGAAACGCGGUCGAAGGGUGGUCUGCUGUCACCGCGCGCGCGAAGAAAAUAAAGAAUGGUGAAGGAUCGCAAGACGAUAUGGAUUGGCUUGUUUCAGUACGUAAAACUUUGGAAGCCAACAUGCAAAACGCGGAUAUGUAUCCUCCAGGACGUGUUUUAUGGGCUAUGCGGGAAGGGGAUCUUCACCCAUCGCACCAGUUACAACAAAUUUCAGAAGAUAAGGGCGCCGCCCGGACGGACAAAGGCAAACUCCGUCUCUUCGAAGUCCUUGAUGUAGAGAAAGUUUUCUCCCAGAUUGUUUUUGCGCGAGACAUGUUAACUGCUCACAUGCCUCACCAAUAUGAUCGCGUUCUCCACGAUUUGCUUUAA